UUUUGCUUUAUCAGUUCGUCAUGACCUAGCGUGACAAACGACACGCAACCAAGAUGGCGCUAGCCACGGUCACAGGCAAAAGAGUGAACUUUUCCGAGUGAGAGUGAAGUGGAGAAUCAACGGGACGCAUGUGCCGUGUUGGGAAAAACUCGAACGUGCGUUGUUAUUGUUACAGUCUUGCCACCACAUUAUUGUUAUUGCUGAGAUUUUUUUGUCCGUAUACAAGAUCGACAACCGACCUGUGAAUUUUUAUGUUCGGAUCGAUAGUUAGAUUUUACGCCGUGGCUGCUUUUAAUGAUAAUAAUUUAAACUAGACCGAUGCACGGCGUAUCGCACGGGCAUACACAAGCCACUGAACGUAAUCACGUAUGCUAUCUACAGGUAACCUUCGACUAAUUGUCCGAGAUGGUACGUCAACUGUGUGUUCUCGCUACGAAACGCCGCAACAAAAGGAAGAAACACAGGUGUACUUUGAAUGCAAUUUCCAUGCAAUUAAGAACAAUUACGAAUUUACAGUGUAGACUAUUUAGGUCUAUACCAUAUGUACAUUAGGAUCAAUGGUAUCGCACUAAAGAUCAGUGUUUUGUAAAUUAUGCAAUAACAGACCCAACAGAAUACAAUAAACAAAAAAAACGUUAAUAUACAAUUAAUCCAAAGUGGAUAAUGUUGACAUUACUAUUUCUGUUAUGGUCAAUAAUACGUGGAAUAAAAAACAAUCCUAUCAACAAGUGUUCGGAUAAUUCCAACUGUAGCCAAGCAGGCUCUACCAAAGACGUUCCAAAUGUAGCUGAAGAUACAUCCGAAGUGCCUAAAAGUCCUCCCUCAUCCCAUCCAAAUCGUCCUUCUAACGAACCUCCACAACCUGUUGGACCUUCAUCCGAUGUUUCUACGCAAACUGUAACCUCUCCAGCGCAGUCCCCGGAACCCGAUGUACCCAGUGAAAUUUCGUCCGUUACCAAAACUGGGGAUUGCAGUCGACGUUCCUUAAUGUCCUCCUCGAGAUAUUCGAUUAUUUCGCGUGAAUCUUCCUUAGAAAUUGGAGGUGAAAGUCGUCCUUCGGUAACCAGUUUGUCUUCGUAUUCGUCCUCCAGAAUAUUUGGACAACGUUCCAUGGAUUCCAGAGCGAGUGUAAGCAGUCUUUGGUCUUCGGACGUAUCCAGAAGGGACUCCGAGGCAAUACCGGAACAUGAAAUUGAUUCGAGUGAUUCCAGAGCAUCCUAUCAAUCGGCAGGCAGCCUCCUUUCGUCUAACGGGACCAGGAAGUAUUCGGACAGCUCUAUAAGGAGGCGGAGAUCCUCAGGAAGACCUACUCUAGUGAAGAGGUACAUCAGGAGAUAUCCGUUAAGUUAUGAUAGGAGACGUACAACGGGGAGUUUUGAUGUUGAAAAUGGAGCUAGUCCUGGCCGCAGUCCAUUGGAUGGCGCCGCUUCGCCAUCCGGUGCAUUGGUCCUUCAAAAUCUUCCCCAAAGGAGGGAAAGUUUUCUUUAUCGGUCGGACAGUGACUUUGAAAUGUCACCAAAGUCGAUGUCCAGGAAUUCGUCCAUUGCAAGUGAAAGAUUCAAGGAGACUGAGAACGUAUUGGAUCGAGCCCAUGGAGAGGACCUCAUUGUUACACCAUUUGCACAAAUUCUUGCCAGUUUAAGAAGCGUUCGCAACAACUUCCUCUGCCUCACCAAUGUGCCCACUAACAAAUCUCGCCGUUCCUCCGGGGCGGCGACUAGUGCCACUCCACAACCAAAGAAUCUUAAUCCAGGAGAUGACUCAUACAUGAAGCUAGCAUUAGAAACAAUGGAGGAGUUGGAUUGGUGCCUGGAUCAGUUGGAAACUAUUCAAACUCACAGAUCUGUAUCUGAUAUGGCUUCUCUUAAGUUCAAACGUAUGCUAAAUAAGGAACUGUCUCACUUCUCUGAAUCUAGCAAAUCUGGAAACCAAAUAUCAGAAUACAUCUGUUCAACAUUCUUAGACAAACAACAAGAACUUGACAUACCGUCUUUAAGACUCGACGAAGGCAAUGAAGCCGUUCAAAAACCAAAUGCACAACGCAAAGACAGAUCGAGUCGGUCGGCAGCGACUCCCAUGUCCCAAAUUUCGGGCAUCAACAAAAAGCCGCUAUGUCAUACGAAUUCUUUCACGGGAGAACGACUUCCUGUAUACGGAGUCGAAACGCCACACGAAGAAGAGUUGGGCAAGUGCCUCACGGAAAUAGACAAGUGGGGAGUGGACAUAUUCCGCAUAGGAGAGCUCAGUAACGGACGUCCGUUGACCUGCGUCGCGUACAUGACUUUCACAUCUCGCGAUCUGAUGAAACAACUAAUGAUUCCCCAGAAAACUUUCAUCACAUUCAUGAUGACCUUAGAAGAUCAUUACGUAAAGGAUAAUCCGUUCCAUAAUUCGCUUCAUGCCGCUGACGUAACGCAAAGCACUCACGUAUUAUUGAAUACUCCGGCGCUCGAAUCGGUUUUCACGCCCCUGGAGGUCACUGCCGCACUUUUCGCGGCAUGCAUUCACGAUGUUGAUCAUCCCGGCCUCACAAAUCAAUUUCUUAUUAAUUCGAGCUCCGAACUGGCUUUGAUGUAUAACGACGAGAGUGUAUUAGAAAAUCAUCAUCUGGCUGUGGCUUUUAAACUCCUUCAGAACGAAGGCUGCGACAUAUUUUGUAAUAUGAGCAAGAAGCAACGUCAGACCCUUAGGAAAAUGGUAAUCGAUAUGGUUUUAAGCACUGACAUGUCGAAGCACAUGAGUCUUUUAGCCGAUUUAAAGACUAUGGUCGAGACCAAAAAGGUUGCCGGAUCUGGCGUUCUUCUUUUAGAUAAUUAUACCGAUCGAAUUCAGGUGUUGGAGAAUUUAGUUCAUUGUGCAGACUUAAGCAAUCCCACGAAGCCGUUACCGCUGUACAAGCGCUGGGUCGAUCUCCUAAUGGAAGAGUUCUUCUUGCAAGGGGAUCGCGAGCGCGAAGCCAAAAUGGAAAUUAGUCCAAUGUGCGACCGUCAUUCGGCCACAAUAGAAAAGUCACAAGUAGGUUUCAUAGAUUAUAUCGUCCACCCCCUGUGGGAAACGUGGGCCGAUCUAGUUCACCCCGACGCACAAGAUAUCCUAGAUACCCUCGAAGAAAAUCGUGACUGGUACCAAAGCAUGAUUCCUCCUAGUCCGCCCCCCGAGGAAGCUCUCGAUUCACAACGGCCCGGUAUCCGCUUCCAAGUGACGCUUGAAGAAGGCGAGGCAGAAGCGGAAGCUCCGAUGUGACGGAGGCUGCUGGGACUUUGUAGAAAACUCACCGAGAAGGUUCAGCAAUGGUGGCGUGUGCGGCAGUGAAAGGCGCGGGCGCCUUUUAUACCUCACCGCGCAGGCGCGGAAGCGUAUCGUAAUAAUUUUUUGCUAAGCUUGACUGAAUCUCUGGACGUAGCUUGUCCCGCAGUUCCUGGGUUGAUGAUAUGAUUGUUUGGCCUUCCCUUAACCCCUCUGCCUUAACAAAAGAAAAAUGUAGGAGUACACCGCCGAAUCAGUGCCACCACACACAAGAUUAUGGUGGCUUUUAGUCCCUUUCACACAGUAUUGGCAUACAUGCGCACGUGUGCUUGCGCUUCUGCGCAUUUUGAUGCGUGCGUGUCUACGCAUCUGUAUAUAAUUCAUGUCUAUCGGUGUAAUACUCAACCCCUUAAUGUAUAGAUACAUGUCAUGUGAACUGUGUUGAAAUAUUAAAGCUCUCUCAAUUUUA